UUAACAGUAUAAUAAUCAUCAUCAUCAUCAUCAUCAUCUCCAGCUGCUGCAGGUUUCUCCUUCUCGUAAUCUGGAUUAUCCCUGCGAGCAGGAACUAUGCUGGUGUUAUUUGUGAUCAGCGUGGCCCUGUGGUCAGUUUCAGGUUUGUCGAUGGAGCUGUUCCGUGUGGGUGUGGCUCCGCGCUGCGAGAGCCGGGCCUGUAACCCGCGCAUGGGGAACCUGGCGCUGGGACGCCGCGUCCUCACGCAGACCGUGUGCGGCAACAACGGCACCGAGCUCUACUGUGCGUACGCCGACCCCAACGCCAACCUGGCGUGCGGCGCCGCCAAGUGUGCCAAGUGCAACGCCGGCCUGCCGCUGCUGUCGCACCUGGCCGGCGCCAUGUCGGACUCCUCCUUCCGCCACCCGAACACCUGGUGGCAGUCGGCCGAGGGGGCGGAGUCGGAGACGGUGCAGCUGGACCUGGAGACGGAGUUCUACUUCACGCACCUCAUCGUCGUGUUCCGGUCUCCGAGGCCUGCCGCCAUGACGCUGGAGCGGUCGCAGGACUUUGGCCGGACGUGGAGGAUGCUGCAGUACUACGCCCGCAACUGCAGCGCCACCUUCGGGCUGGAGGAGGGGAAGGCGGGCGGGGGACGGGACGGGGCCACCUGCACGUCCAAAUACUCGGGGGCGUAUCCCUGCAACCGUGGCGAGGUGAUCUACCGAACACUCCCCAAGUGGGAGUCCCUGGAUCCGUUCGGAGCGGAGGGUCAGCAGCAACUGAGGGUGACCAACGUCCGCAUUCGUCUGCUAAAGCGCCAGCCGUGUCCCUGCCAGGCCAAAGACCCCGCUGCCGCUGCCGCCGCCGCCACUGACGAACCUCUUCCGACCCAACACUUUGCCGUCUAUGACCUGAUCGUGAAGGGAAGCUGCUUCUGCAACGGACACGCCGAACAGUGCGUCCCUGCGCUGGGAUACCAGCCCAUCAGAGACAGAACCAACCAUGUGGUCCAUGGAAAGUGUGUGUGCAGACACAACACCGCAGGUGAUCACUGCGAGCGCUGCGCUCCCCUCUACAACGACAGGCCCUGGCAGCCCGCUGACGGACUGACGGGGGCACCGCACGAAUGUCGCAAGUGCAAGUGCAACGGACAUGCUCAGAGCUGCCACUUUGAUUGGACGGCGUGGCGCGAGUCCGGCCAGCGGAGCGGAGGCGUGUGCGACUGUCUGCACAACACCGCGGGUCGUCAGUGUGAGGCGUGCAAGGCUGGGUUCUACAGAGAUCCGCACCGACCGCAAACCGCCCCCGACUCCUGCAAACCAUGCAACUGUCACCCCACCGGCUCCAUGGCGUUCCACUUGGCGGACGGUUCGCCCUGCGACCCGACCAACGGAAACUGCAUCUGCAAACCCGGCGUGGGCGGAGCCCACUGCGACAGGUGCAUGGUGGGAUACUGGGGUUUCCACGAGUACGGCUGUCGACCGUGUGACUGCGCGGGAGACUGCGACCGCUUCACUGGAGACUGUUUGUUUGGCUCUGAUCUGGACGUUUACAACAUGGAGGGAAACUCCAGUGAGACGGGGAGAAUCUUCAGAGUGGAAGAACUCUUCUCUGCCCACCAGUACUCAGAGAAGUGCGAGUGCAAAGAACAAGCGCUGACCAACAGUAAACUCUUCUGCACCAUGAAUUAUGCAUACGUGCUGAAGGUGAAAGUGCUGUCGGCCCACGAUAAGGGCUCCCACGCUGAGGUGGAGGUCAAAGUUCAGAAGGUGCUCAGCCAGAACACCAAGGUGAAGAUACAGCGAGGUCGCGUCACCCUCUACCCCGAGUCCUGGACCGCCCGGGGCUGCACGUGCCCCAUCCUCAACCCAGGUGGGGAGUACCUGGUGGCUGGACACACUGACCGCAAGAAGGGCCGCCUCUUGGUCAACAUGAAGAGCUUCGUCAAGCCCUGGAAAGCCAGCUUGGGACGCAAGGUCCUCACGCUACUCAACAAAGACUGCAACUGGUAGAGUGAGCGCGUCGUCGAGGGGACGGGCGGGCGGACGGACACGUUUUUGUUUUGUUUGUUUUUUUAAAGCAAACCAAGCCGCGGAUUUGUGUUUUCUCGUACCUCCAGAUGUGGAAUAUGGAUUCGCUUUGGACCACUACAUCCUUUUUCAUCCGAAUUCAAGCAAACUCUGCUACGAACGAAUCCCUCCUUUGGACCCCAUUCAUAUAUAUAUACGUUAAAAAAAAAAAACACACUUUAAAUGACUUUCUUUACAUUUCCUCUCUGCAGCACUUUAGCCUAAGAUGGACUGAGGGAAUCUGAAUGCACUAAAGAGAGGAAGAUUAAUAACACACACAAUCACAGAUCUGUAACCGCUGCUGACAUGGACUGUGGACGGAGGAGGAGGCCGGCUCGUCUGUCCCCGCCUCACGUGGACAAACGCAGAGACAGCAGUGUGUGUGUGUGUGUAUAUAUAUAUGUGUGUGUGUGUGUCGUACAAACAUGAUGUGCAGAGCAGCCAGAGUGACGCUGAACAAGCCAUACAAGCCACGACAGGUGGUUCGAUCUUAGCCAGUGCAGGUGUGCCGGUGUUGAAAUCAGAGUGAAUGGGAUUUACCCCAAACGUGAAUGUAUUUGCCUGUGUGUGUGUGUGUGUGUGUGUGUGUGUGUGUGAGCACAGUCCAGAUUCAGUCCAGCUCUCCAACUUUUCUUCCGUCGUUCCAGUUUUUAUGAUUCAUUACGUACCGCGCAUCCAUUCAUAUCACGUUUCCCUCCAGAAAAGUUAUUUUCCUUUGUGCUCUUGUACAGUAUUAUUUGUACAUAUCUAUAUAAAUAUUAUUGUUCAUUCAUCUGUCUUUCCCCCCUUUUUUUUGUUUGUUUUUGUUCUUCUAAUAAAAGGACAGUUGUGGUUUAUUACA